UCGUAUUUCGUACGCACUGCAAAGGUUGUGUUCGCGUUCGUCGCGACUAAUAAAACUCUUUUCUGUGUAUCAAUAUUAAGUUAAUCGUCUACCAGCACUUGCGCUAAUCGUUUUCUUAUAUAUUCGAUAUAUUCCUGUGUUCAGAAUCGAUCACUAAAUUAUCUGCUGCUUCAGUGAAGUUACCUCUGUAUACGACAAUCCAUUGCGCAGUCAUAUCUGACGUAGGCUAAGGAAAAAAGUUAUUAAAGCAUUCUAAAGUGAACAUUGGGAGGGCAAGGAGUCGUUUAGGAAUUGACGCAAGUACAGUGUAUCCAUUACAUAAAUUGUCGGCGUUCCAAGCACCAAGAUGUCCGGAAAAAGCAUAAUGAAUAAAUUUCUGAUACGCAACAUUGUCCGACUGAUGGUCAACUGUUCGUACUUUUGUCUGUUCUACAUGGUCAUUCUUUGCCUGCUGGAUACGGCAGGCGUAGGUGCGAACAAACUACCCGAGGAGGACAUUUCAAUGGUGACCGAACUUAAUAAACCGGAUGUCGAGAGCAGCGGUAGCCCAACGGAGAAGAAAAACGGCGGCUUCUUCAAUUCGGAUGUCGGUUUUGUGCAUGCGUUCGUUGCGUCCUUCUCGGUGAUUAUCGUAUCCGAGCUCGGGGAUAAAACGUUCUUCAUUGCGGCUAUCAUGGCCAUGCGUCAUCCCCGGCUAACCGUGUUUAGCGGUGCCAUUGCAGCGCUUGCCCUGAUGACGGUGCUGUCGGCCGUAUUCGGCAUGGCCGCGACCAUCAUUCCCAGGGUGUAUACGUACUAUAUCUCUACGGCGUUGUUUGCUCUGUUUGGAUUGAAAAUGCUGAAGGAGGGUUAUUACAUGUCUGCCACAGAAGCCGCCGAAGAGUUGGAGGAAGUACAGUCUGAUCUCAGAAAACGGGAGGACGAGUUGAUGCGCUCGAUGAACGGUAAUCGGAAGGAAACAGUCGAGCUGGUCCCUCUGAACGAGCACGACACUAGUAGCAACGCACUUUCCUCGCCCGACCGUACCGGCGGAAAUACCCUGAACGGAUCGAUCCACUCGCUCCAUCGCGAUCUGCCUCAGGCGCAUUUUCUACCGGCGAUUCGCAUGUCCGCAUCGGCUACCCAGUUGCAAACAUCGAAUCAUCAUCUCAAUGAUAGCACUAGUAGUAUUAAUAGAAGUAAGCAGGGCGGCUCGUCCAAGAGUCUGGCCGUAACGAUCGGCGAACAGUACGAGCAACGCCAACGGGCACGAUCUGGAAUCGUGGCUAACGGUGCGGUCGGUGCGGGCACCACCGCCAACGGUACGGUGAUCAAUGGGUUAACCGAGGAAGGUGACACCACCUCCGGCUCGAUCGGUUCUCUCGGCCAAAGCAAACGGCUGGAAAAGGAAACCUCGGCCACACUAAUCCAGGACGCUGAAACCGGUGUGAUACGCAAGAACAAGCAACGUUCUGCUAUGAAUCUAUUGCUAAGAAUCCUCAUGCAGGCAUUCACGAUGACCUUUUUGGCGGAGUGGGGCGACCGGUCCCAGCUGACCACGAUAAUCCUGAGUGCCCGCGAAAAUGUGUACGGCGUCAUCCUCGGCGGUGUGAUAGGGCACGCUAUCUGCACCGGGCUGGCCGUAAUUGGUGGCCGAAUGAUUGCGCAGAAAAUAUCCGUCAGGACAGUUACUCUCAUUGGUGGUGUUGUUUUCCUGUUGUUCGCUGUGAGCGCACUGUUCUUCAGCCCGGAAGAGGAACCGGUAAAAGUUUCGCCAUAAUGUGAUAGCUCUAGGGGGCGUGUUGAAUGAAAAACACUCAUUUAGGCAAGGGCUUGACCAAAUCUUAAGUAUUUUCACGGCCGUGAAUGAAAGCAUGUUUUUAUAAAAAAGAUAGUUAAAAUGUACAUUAGAAUCACCACAAAGCAUACGUUUAUAAUCCAUCCAAUAAGGAAAAACACAGAAGCUUAAGAUUCAUGAAAGAAUAAUUUAAAUGUGUUAA